AUGCAGCGAAUAGAGGGACUCCUCAACAACUUCAUAAUCGAACAUCAACAGCCUGCCCCUGUCCCUGCCCCGUCUCCGGCAGUGGGUCCAGGUGUAUUUACUGGCCAACAGGCCAGCUCGAGACCCCUCAUCCGCCCCAAUCCCCCAUUCGCGUUUGACGGAGAUCGCACCCAGGGCAAGACGUUUCUCCAUUCCGUCAAGCAGUACUGGCGCCUCCUCCCUGAGGCCUUCCAUGUGAAUGGGGUAGUAUCAGAAGAGCGGGUGGUACGUUUCGCCCUCUCCUACAUGUCCAAGGACUCGGCGGCCUCCUGGUCAGAACGCAUGUCAGAGCGCCUCGUCUUCCCAUUUCCGACCUGGUCCUCCUUUGUGGCUGAGUUCAAGCUCCGGUUUGUCGAGGAGAACGAGCAAGACCACGCCCUGGCACGACUGGAGACCCACGCUUACUACAUGGGAUCCCGCGACGGUUCAAAUACACGGACAAGUCACCAAGUACGGGCGGGUCUGGACCCCAGAAUCAAUCAGGCAAUCACGACCUCCGGUAACCCGCCUAGCCUCACAAACUACUCGGAGUGGCGUACCCGCGCAUUCCGCCAGUACAACGCCGAGGUGGCUGCCCGAGCUGCACGAGGACAGGUGUUCUCUCCAUCCCGCGCUCCGCCUCCUGCGGCCCCCCGCCCUCGCCCCGUGGCUGCUCCGUCCUCCCACCGGGCAUUCCCAUGGAGAUCGACCGAACCAGAGCCCGCACCAGUGUUCGUCGCACCUGCUUCCGAUGCGGCAGCCCAGGACACCUGGCCCGAGACUGCCCGACCCCCGCGGAUGUCCGGCACGCUGACGUCCUGGACGAAGUGA